ACUCCUUCCCUUCAAUCCCUACCUAAGGCUGCCUCGGGGUAAUGGGUUCCCGAGCGUGAACUAUUAAACUGCUUUCUGGCAAGUUAGUUAUGCUUGCUGCCUGCCAUGCGGUUGUGAGCUGCCUGUCUUGAAUGAAACGCGCCCGGCGGGAGAGAAGGGAGCCAAACUAAGGAGGAAGAAAAAAAAAAAAAGAAAAGAAAAAGAAAAAAAAAAUCCACGACGCGUCUCUUUCUCUACUCCCCAAAUUUUCAGCUCAGCCGCCUCGAGAUGGAUGAGGAUGGGAUUCACCUCCACAGAUUGCCCCGCGCGUCAUCAAAAAGAAAGAAAAGAAGAAAGGGAAAGAAGCUCAGCUAUUUAGAGAACAAAUAAUUGCUGGAGAACCUCUGAUAACCAUAAAACUACAGGAUAAAUGGAAAUUGAUUAUCCUGUAUAUGGUUUCGCUUUUAAAGACCCUGACGGUUCAUUUCAUGGGGUGGAGUUUCUCCCAGAAAAUUUCAGAGAUGCUUCUAAUGAAACAACAAUGAGGAUGAAUGAGAAAUACUCCACAUUACCUGCCGAGGAGAAGGGAAUCCACAUCAUCAACAUCAGAGCUAUUGAAGACAUCGGCUAUGUUCGCACAGAAAGUACGCUAUUAAAUUCAUUCUCACAAGAUCCAGAUGCCAACUGCAAAUAUGGACUUUUUUUUAGAGAUGGCAAAAGAAAAGUGGAUUAUAUUCUGGUUUACCACUACAAGAAGUUUAGUAGGACACUCGCUCGGCUAAUCCAUUUCAAUGAUUUGGAGCCUCGAAGCGUUAAGCAAGAUAAACCACUUCCUGGAAAAGGAGGGCAGCUUAGCAUGGAUGAAAGUGCACCUCACAUGGAUUAUCAUGAAGAUGACAAGAGAUUCCGCAGAGAAGAGUAUGAAAGCAACCUUAUGCAGGCUGGCCUUGAGUUGGAAAGAGAUGAAGAUACAAAAAUACAUGGUCUUGGAUUUGUAAAAAUUCAUGCUCCUUGGAAUGUUUUGUGCCGCGAAGCAGAGUUUAUGAAACUGAAGAUGCCCACAAAAAAGGUGUAUCAAAUUCAUCAACCUCAUGGCCUUUUGAAAAAGAUCAAUUCUGUAAUCCAAAAAAUAACAGAACCCAUUCAACCUAAAGUGGCAGAACAUAAGCAUCAGACAGUGAAACGACUUUCCUAUCCUUUCUCAAGGGAGAAGCAACACUUGUUUGACCUCUCUGAUAAAGACUCCUUUUUUGAUAGCAAAACUAGAAGUACCAUAGUUUAUGAAAUACUGAAAAGAACUACAUGCACCAAAGCCAAGUAUAGCAUGGGGAAAGGAGAGGGAAGAAAGAAGGACACUACCCUUUUAAAUAAAAGACGAAAAUGUGAUAAAUAUGGGAUCACCAGUCUACUUGCCAAUAGUGUUUACAGUGCUGCAUAUCCCUUGCAUGAUGGUGAUUAUGAAGGUGAAUAUGUUGAGCCUAAUGACAGAAAACUCCUGUGUGAAGAAUGGGCAAGUUAUGGAGUAUUUUAUAAAUAUCAACCAAUUGACUUAGUUAGGAAGUACUUUGGUGAAAAGAUUGGACUAUAUUUUGCCUGGCUGGGAGUUUAUACACAAAUGCUCAUUCCAGCUUCUAUUGUGGGAAUUAUCGUGUUCCUUUAUGGUUGUGCAACUGUUGAUGAGAAUAUACCAAGCAUGGAGAUGUGUGACCAGAGAAACAAUAUCACCAUGUGCCCCUUAUGUGACAGAACAUGUAGCUAUUGGAAAUUGAGCUCUGCUUGUGCCACUGCUCGGGCUAGCCAUCUUUUUGAUAAUCCAGCCACUGUCUUCUUCUCAGUCUUCAUGGCUCUCUGGGCUGCUACCUUUAUGGAACACUGGAAGAGAAAACAGAUGCGUCUGAAUUACAAAUGGGAUCUUACUGGUUUUGAAGAAGAAGAAGAGGCAGUCAAGGAUCACCCAAGAGCUGAGUAUGAAGCAAAAGUAUUAGAAAAAUCUCUCAAGAAAGAAUACAGAAAUAAGGAGAAGGGCCAGCAAUUGCCAGAAGAGGCAGCUAACAAAUGGCGACAAAGAGUUAAGAGAGUCAUGGCUGGGAUGAAAUUGACUGAAAAAGAAAAACUGACAUGGAAAGAUCGUUUCCCAGCAUACUUCACAAAUUUUGUGAGCAUUAUUUUCAUGAUCGGACUGACAUUUGCUAUUGUUUUUGGGGUUAUUAUAUACCGAAUCUCCACUGCAGCAGCUUUAGCAAUCAGCUCCUCUCCAGGAGGCAGGUCAAAUGUUAGAGUGACGGUCACAGCCACUGCAGUAAUUAUUAAUCUGGUGGUGAUAAUAAUCUUGGAUGAAGUAUAUGGCUGCAUAGCUAGAUGGCUGACUCAGAUCGAGGUUCCAAAAACAGACAAAAGUUUUGAAGAACGACUUAUCUUCAAGGCCUUCCUUCUGAAAUUCGUUAAUGCUUACACUCCCAUUUUCUACGUUGCUUUCUUCAAAGGCCGAUUUGUUGGACGCCCAGGAGAUUAUGUCUACAUUUUUCAUUCUUUUCGAAUGGAAGAGUGUGCUCCUGGUGGUUGCCUGAUGGAAUUGUGUAUACAACUUAGCAUUAUAAUGUUGGGCAAACAGCUGAUUCAGAAUAAUCUUUUUGAAAUUGGCAUCCCGAAAAUGAAAAAAUUUAUAAGGUACUUGAAGCUGAAACGACAAAGUCCUGUGGAUUAUGAAGAGCAUUUGAAGAAAAAACAGCAUUAUGAAGUAGACUAUAAUCUGGAACCUUUUGCAGGACUUACUCCAGAAUACAUGGAAAUGAUAAUCCAGUUUGGUUUUGUAACCCUGUUUGUUGCAUCCUUCCCAUUGGCUCCCUUGUUUGCAUUGCUAAACAAUAUCAUCGAGAUACGUCUGGAUGCAAAGAAAUUUGUCACUGAGCUUAGGAGGCCAGUUGCAGUGAGAGCUAAAGAUAUAGGGAUAUGGUAUAAUAUCCUCAGAGGGGUAGGAAAAUUGGCUGUGAUCAUAAAUGCAUUUGUGAUCUCAUUCACAUCUGACUUCAUUCCACGCCUCGUGUACCUGUAUAUGUACAGUGAGAGUGGCACCAUGCAUGGCUUCGUGAACCAUACACUAUCCUAUUUUAAUGUCAGCGAUUUUCAAAGAGGAACUGCUCCAAAAGAUGAUAUGGAGCUUGGCUAUCCAGUGCAAAUAUGCAGAUACAAAGAUUAUAGAGAACCUCCAUGGUCUGAAAAUAAAUAUGACAUUGCAAAAGAUUUUUGGGCUGUGCUUGCAGCAAGAUUAGCAUUCGUAAUAGUGUUUCAGAAUUUGGUUAUGUUUAUGAGUGACUUUGUUGACUGGAUUAUUCCAGACAUUCCCAAGGACAUUAGUCAGCAGAUUCACAAGGAGAAAGUUCUCAUGGUGGAAGUCUUCAUGAAAGAAGAGCAAGGAAAGCUGCAGCUGCUAGAAAACUGGAGGGACAAGGAUCAAAGGAGAGGUGAAAACUGUAACAGUCACAGUCCCAGGUCAUCAAUGAGCCAUAGAGGGAGUGUGUCUUCCUGUCACUCAUGCCAUGUUGAGGUAUAGAAGAAGACAAUGUUUUACACUGGGGCAUUCCAUUCAUAAAGCAGCCAAUAUUUACAUGAUAGAUUUCAUACUUUAACAACCUGGUGCAUGUUUAAGCAUAUGCAACUGUUUCGCUUAUAUCUAUGUGAGAAAUAAUGUUCUUAAGAACAGGGAGGACCAUAUUCUAUUUCUGACAAGUUUUCUUUUUUUAAUUUUCUUUCCUUUUUUGCACAAAAAUAAUGCAGGGAUUUUUAUAUAUAUAUAUAUAUAUAAAUAGAUAGGUAACUUGCAUAGUUAGCUUAGAGCUAUCACAGUUUUAUUUUUUAAAAGGAGAUAAGAUUCUGUAGACUCUUCUCUGAGAAUUUUAUAUUAGCGUAUUUAUUAAAAUAGGAUAAAAUGUAUGAACCAAACUACAAGUAUUGGAAUAAUAAAAAGGCCCCCAUUCCCGAUAAACUACAUAUGGGUUUUUGCAAUCUGCAAAUAAUAAUAACACUAUACUGUGGAGUGCUUUUUGCAAGGCUGUGGCAACAAAGCUCUGACUUGAAUCUGCCAACUUUUUUACAAGCAAAAAUCCUGUUGAGUUUCCUUGAUGAUAUGUUGAAUACCCUGCAUUUUCUCCUAAGUGAAUGCAGCAGCAAGAGUAUUUUGUUUUCCAUUUGACAUUCUUGCCUCAAUUCAUCACUUCCAUCCUCAUUUCAUUUACUCUAGUGAAUAGAAUGGUCAGACUCAAAUCACUGUAAUCUUAGUCUCAACACUAAUGAGAGCAAAUCACUUUACCAUCUUUCAUAUCUUCUUCUAUGAAAGAUGAACAAUUUGUGGAAGGGCAUUUAGUUUAGUAAUUCAAAGUGUCUAGUGUACAUUCCAGAGGGGGAUUCCAGAGAACAAGAAGAAUAUUAGCAUCAGCACAAUUUCCCCAAACACUGAAGGACCUUUGAAGAAAAAGUAUCCUGAGUUAAGAGCACAUACACACACACACACACAAAUACUAGCAAAUUGCAGCCCACCACAAACCUGGAAUCUUAGUUGCUGAAGGAACACAUUAAAUAUAUGUAUUCUCAAUUAUGGUUCUAUGUCACCUCUGCUCAGUAAAGCCAACAUACUACAUUUAGGGAGAUUACAUCUUUCUAAAACAAUUAAUGUGAUUCCAUCAUUUCACUGGCCAUAGGGCUAUUGUAGCUCAUAAUCUCUUAUAUAUUAAGUAAUUUGGCUGAGCUGCUCAUUUCUAAAUAUUAUUCUUUUUCAUAUUUACAACUUCUCUGCCUUUUGCAAAUUUGAUUCAUUUAUCUUGCUCUCUUUCACAUUGAAAUGGUCAAAGAGUUUAUUUGAGCAUCCUUCCAGUGAAAUGCAGGCCUUUCUUUCUUUCUUAGUAGGUAUCAUAUUAUAGAGGUUAUAAGAUAUGAGUAUCAUGGAGCCAGUACAGACAUGUGCAAUUUUGUCCUCUCAUAAUGCUAGUCAUUUUAUGAAAAUUGAUCAGGAGCAAAUUCAGAACAGAAAAAAAUAAAUGUGGUGCCACACAAUCUACGAUUACCAAAUUAUGUCUUUUAAAAGAGAUUAUUCCAUCUACUGAGAAUAGAUUAAUAAAUGAAUAGUAAAAUAGUUGGUGCAAUUGUUCAGAGGCAGUACAGGAAAUUAAUGUAGCAGAUAAGCAACAAUGUCAAGUUAUUACUUUUAUGCAUUGCUAGUAAAUUGCAUGGAAAUAUCUUGAAGGUGCUAGUGAUCCACUAGUGAUAAUGUUAAAUUAUGAUAACAGUCAGAUAAGUGGCAUUUUAUUCUUGUUUCUUUUUAGGUUUUUUUUUUUAAAUUCAGAUAAGAUUAAAAAUGAGGAAGUGAAAAGGGUUAGCAGAAUUAAGAAGCAUUUCAGUUUGCUUCAAAGGAAGGUUCUCCUGUGCCCAUCACUAGUUGCUGGACAUCCAAAUAUGAAAAUGAAAAAGUGAAUAGUAUGGACUUCCAACGAAGCCUAGCUUUAUUUUUCCUCUUCAAAUAGCUAAAUAUUUUAAUUCAAUUCAAUUGAAUUGAAUUAAAAUUGUUUUGGAAGGAUAAUGGAGGAGCAAUUUAUAAUCUUUCCAAUCUUAAAAAAAGCAGUAGAACAAUUCAAGGAGACCAAGAUAGAAAUGAAUGUUACAGAAAACCAGCAAGCCAAAGUGGUGAACAGAGAAAACAAAUACAUUACAGAUUUUGAUAUACCAAAGUUUUUCCUGGAAAGUCAUGGAACCUAUGAACAGCAAUCAAAUGACUGUGUGUCAGUGAAUCCUUGCCACAACAGCAUAUUGUAAUGCAAUUCUGAGCAUAUCAAAGUCUAGCCAAAACAAGAAUAAAUCCUGGUAAAGAUAGCCCUUCAAGCCAAUUUUCACUUUAAAUGUUGCCUUUAUAUCAGCAAACCAAGGUAGAAAAAGGAAUCCACAGGGCCUUGACUGUUGAUAUGGAUGGCAAAUAUGAACCAAUCUGUAUGUGACAUGGCUCUCAUCAGGUCUGAUGGUCAUGUUUGUAUGUUUCAUAGUUUGUCCUUGUCUCUUUAAAAUAGUUCCAACUGGGAAGUUGUAUGACUUUCAUUAUGUAUAAAAAUAUAUAUGCUUUUUGUAUUCAGAAUUUUUCAGAUAUGUUAUGUUGUUGAAAAGGUUGAUAAGAUGCAGGUGUAUCAUGGACAGAUAUAUAUAAAGAUGUUCAACCUUCAUUGUCUUCCUAAGAAAAAUCAGCAUGCAGUAUUUGCUUCUUCAUUCAGGCUGUAAGUCCAGCAGUAUCUAUUAGACUCUUGACAGGAAUCAUCUGAUUUGAGAAAUGAAGGAAUAGGGAAAAUCAAUUAGUUGUCACUACGCAAUCUUCACAUACUCUAGUUCUGCCAAACGUUUGAAAACAAACAGCACUGUUGACAGGGUCUAGGCAGCCAAGGAACAUGACAACCUUCCUUCCAAGGUAAUCCAAGAGGCAGAUCUGGAUUAUAAACCAAAACCUGGAAGACCAUUCAGUUACAGCUAGUAUAUCAAUCCCUUUGCGUAGGAUAAAAAACAGAGGAUCCUUGGAGUCACACUCAAUGUCUAGUGACGGCUUUGACACUAUGCGGCUUUCUUGCAGCACUACUGAAGUGGAUUGCCAUUGCCAUCUUCUGGGAUGAUUUUUGGAUUUGGGCGUUUUCAACAUUCAAGUCUAGGUUGUAGGCCUAGUAUUUGUGGAUGCUCUCCCAUCAAAGUCCAGGUACCAUGGCCAGGUUCUUAGGAGUAAUUAACUGCUGAAAACAUAUGGUUAAAAGAGAUAUAAGCCAAUGAAGGUUUGCGAAAUCAAAAUCAGAAUUAUAGAUACCAGUGCAGUGUGUAUGUUCCUUGACAGUCCAUCUGUUCAGUCUUACCUAUUUAUUUUCCCAAAAAUAAAACCUGUGCAAGAGUCUCUCACUUUAGCCAUGAAGAUUUCAUGAAUGCAUGAUUUUAAGUAACAGUUUGCCGCAAUAUAAGGACGUCAUAAAAUAUAACAAAUUAGUCAUGUAGUAUAGAUGACUAAUCUAAUUUGGGGGUACAGGUAGUCCUCGACUUACGACCACAAUUGAGCCCAAAAAUUAUGUUGCUAAGCGAGAUUUGUUAAGUGAGUUUUGUACGAUUUUAUGACUUUUCUUGACACAGUUGUUAAGUGAAUCAUUGUGGUUGUUAAGUUAGUCACACGGUUGUUAAGUGUGAAAAACGGUCAUAAGUCACUGUUUUCAGUGUUGUAACUUUGAACGGUCACCAAGUGAACUGUUGUAAGUCGAGGACUAUCUGUAUAUUGCAAGUAAGCCUACUGUGUGAUUUAUUCAAAAAGCAAAUGCCCAAGACUGUUAUAUUUCAGUUUUAAAAGUUUGUUGCAAAUUUAUUUAAAGUAAAAUCCCCAUUUUAUAAUAUUUAUUAGUUUUAAUAUAAAUUAUGAAUGAAUUCAGUUCUUUUUAAAUAUAAUUUAUCCAAGAUGCUCUGUGUAAGUGAAAAUGUAUUAUGUUAAUGAAAUUUUGUCCAAACAUAAUACUCUUGCCAAAGAUUAUUCUGAAUAAAGGGCUUAUCUUUUGUUUAUAACUGCUUCUUGUAAACUGCAUUGCAGGAAUGUCACUUAUUUUAAAAUCAUUAGUCUUUUAUUAUAAAUGUAAUCAGCCUAAUCUACCUUUCUUGACAUAGAAUCCAUGAAAGAAAAUAUUUGACAUAAUCCAAUAAAUGUGUUUUAGCUGUGCUAAGAGCCUUAUACAAAGUAAAACAAUUUGUUUAUAUACUGACCUGUAUGCAUGAAUUUGGAUUUAAAUAUGCAAGCAUUCAAUGAAUUUCAAAUGCCAAAGAUACUGGAUAUUGUGGAUGAAAGUUCACACUUCUUUUUGUUACUUGAUGCAGAUGGAGGUUUGUUUCCUCUUGCAAUAGUCAAAAAAUGUUUUGUGUUAGACGUGAUGCCAUACACUAGGAUUUAAAGCUUAAUCUGUUCCAGGCUUCAGUAAGUUUAUAUAUUUUCUAAUGUAAAUAAACAUUUGUGCAUACAGAUAUAGAUACACAAACUAUAGUUUCUGUCACUGCAUUUUGAGCUCCUGUUCAAUCUCCCCUACUACCAAACAUACCUACAGACUCACUAAUCACAAACUCAAGAUAAGUUUAUUUUCAACAAAAGCCAAACUUGCAAAACACCAAUUAUAUAAUUCUUGGUUUAAUUAUGAAUUCAGUUACCCAACUUUUUUGAAGCAAUGUAUAAAAAAGUACUACUGAGAAUUAUUUAUUACAAUAAUAAAACCUCCCAAAAAAAAUCUGAGCAGAGCAGACUACUGCAUUAUAGUAGCACUUAGAAUUCGGAAGGGAAAAGGUUCUUGAGAGCCUGCAAAUCAUGCACGUAGCAUUUAUCCACAAAAUCCACUGCUCCAAUAAAUUUUGAAUUGCAUUGCAAUGGUAGAGGACAAUUACACAAGCCAGGAAAAGUCAUAGCUGCUUUAAGAAGUUACAGAUGUGGGUACAUAAGCAUUCAAACUUUUUUCUCCUUCAUAUCUGAAGCACUGUUGCAGCUCUACUAAUGUAUGUUUUUGAAGAGAAAAGAUGAAAAACAGAACUCACUCUUGAUUAGGAAUUUUGUCGCCAAUUCUGUUUGUAAAUACAGCUUUAUGCAACAUUAGAGCACCUGAGAACAUUCAGUAUUAAGACAGGAGCUGGUUUCAUUUCUCUUCAUUAGCCAAAACAAAACAAAAAAACAAUGAGGAGAGCAAGUUACAAUUGUAAACAGAUUGUGGUUGUAAAUGGGCAUGACUAUAAAGGAAUAAAAAAAAAAAUAGUAAGGUAGGAUGUAAUUACUUCUUUUCACAACUAUCAGUUAAUCCUUCUCUGGUUUUUCUAUUACUAUUAGUCUUCCUAGCUAAUAUAUAUUCAGGUAUAAUUUAUACUGAACUAUUAUAUCUCAAUUAGUUUCACUAGAAAUUAGGAAUAAUGUACUGUACAAAAAAAUGUUAGGUUCAUUUCAUAGGUGAUGAACAUGAAGUUGACAUGAAUAGCCCGAAUUAGUCAGGGGGACGAUGUGAAACUAAAAGAAACGUAAAACAUUAUCUUAAAAUGUUGGCAUAAUACUGACAUUCCGAUAAAAAUAAGAACUAUAUACUUAGAAAUGUUCAAUUUUUUUGAGAUCAUUAAAAAUAAUAACUGCUUAUGACUCUUUUAUAGUUUCUUUUGUACUGCAUUUUCUGAAAAAGGGUUUUGUAUAUAAUGUUGUAUCUAGAAAAUUAUAUAAUGUUCCUUUUCAUGGAUUCUUUUUUUAAAAAAAAAAGUAAAUGCAUACUAAAGCGCUCUA